AGGCGGAGGCGGCGCGGAAACGCUCCCUGAAGAGCCUCCUCCCCGCGCGGACCGAAGGCCGACCGGCCGACACCCGCGCUUCCAGCUCAGAAUGAGACCAGCCGCUUCCGGUCGGGAUGGCGGCGGCGGGGACGGCCCCUCCCACCCCCGCGUCAACGUGACCACCAGCCGGAGCCCGACCCUCCAGAGCCGCCCGGACCGAGGCCCGGAGCCCGGGGCGCGCCGGCCUGGCCCAGCGCCGAGCCGAGGGCGGGACUCGCGCCGCCGCUCCGCCCCCGCCGGGCGCGCCGGGGUCCGGGCGCCGCGGGGCCGCCAUGCCGGGCCGCCUGCUGCGGGGCCUGCGGGGCUGGUGGCGCCGCUACAGGUACCGCUUCGUCCCCUGGGUCGCGCUGAACAUCAGUCACAACCCCAGGCGACCCCUGGGAAAGGGUCGAUCGACCCCCAAAGGGGUCCGGCGGCCAACGGCCUCUCCCGUUGCAGGACCCUGCGCUACGUCCCCGCGGAGCUUGAGGACAAAGUGGUGCCGGACGCCGAGGUCCUGGGGACGCUGCUCGCCGUCUUCCGGGCGCUGUUCGCCAACGCCCUCCCCCGGCAGCGGGACGUCCUGGCGGCGCUCCCGGAACCCGUUCGGUCCAAGUACCAAGACCUGCUGUCGGCUCAGCCUCCGGGGGCGCCCGUGCUCGGCCUCACACCCCAAGACGUUCUGUACCGGACCCUGGGCUUCAGCGUGGCCCGCGCGGCCAGCUCGCUGGCGGCCGCCGGGAGGGGCGUCUUCGUGGCGGCGGGACGGGCCCCGCGGGGCGCCGUGGUCGGCAUGUACCCGGGUACAGUAUAUCAGAAAUAUGAGCCAAUCUUUUUCCAGUCUAUUGGGAAUCCAUUUAUUUUUAGAUGCUUGGAUGGCGUGCUCAUUGAUGGAAAUGACAAGGGAAUAUCGAAAGUCGUGUACAGAUCUUGCAAUGGAAGGGACCGACUUGGCCCUUUAAGAAUGAGUGAUAGCACUUGGCUAACAUCAGAAAUUCAGAACCCUCUGGCAGUAGGCCAGUAUGUCAACAACUGCUCCAGUGACAGACCAGCGAAUGUCUGCUAUCAGGAGUUUGACGUGCCCGCGGGGUUCCCUGUGGAACUGAAGCAGUACCUUCCCAACACCACCUACAGCUGUGCCCAGCAAAGGCCGCUGCGCUGUGUCGUUCUCGUCGCUCUCAGGGACAUCAGACAAGGAGAAGAGCUUUUCUCAAACUACUACACGAUUGUCAGCUGACUGAAUAAGGAUCGGAUUUUCCAUUCAAUUAAUGUUAAUAUUUUGGUUAAUCACUUCUGAAUUCCAGAGUGGGAAUUUAUUUCUAUUUUGUUUCAAUUCCAUGAUAAAAAUUAUUUGCUCAACUUCAAGUUUGCAGUGCUAUUCCAAUUUUCAUUUUCACCUAAAUUCAGUAAUUAAAACCUGCCUGAAUUUAUAAUUUCAAUUUUUCUUUUAAUAUAUCAUGUCCAUAUACGUGUGGUUAUAAAAUUUUAGCCAAGUUAUCAGCAAUUAUUUUACUGUUGCUGUAUAUGAACUUCUGAAAAAUGUUUUUACAGAAUAAACUAAAGCCGAACAUUUUUUGUUGCCAUGA